ACCAUUGAGUAAAAUUGAUGCUGCUUGAAUGCACCAUGUUUGUUUGUUACAUUUGCAUGCCUUUGGGUGGCUCAGCUGGAAAUACAAGUCCUUAGGAGAUUAAAUCUAAACUCUUAAGCAGGGUUCACAGAUCCUUGUUUUCUGACCUUUGCCUUCCUUUUGAGUCUCCUCUUUUAUCAUGCUGCUUCUCACAUUUGAAGAUCUAAUGGUGUGGAUGCACUUGAAAUGCCCUGAAUAUAUCGAAUUUAAGACUUAGUGCCUUUGUACCUGCAUCCAUUCAUUCAUUGAGUGUGUACUGAGCACCUAAUAUGUGCCAGGCAUUGUUCUAGGUACUAGGGAUACAGCAGUGGACAAGACCAAGUCCUGACCUUCAUGAAGCCUGCAUUCUAAUGGGAGAGGAAUAUGACAAACAACUAUAAACAACUAUAUAAUAUAAAGAAAAGUAAAAGAAAAAGAAAGGUAAAGCAGUGUAAGGUGAUAAAAGAGUAAAGAGGGAGUCCUGUUGUUGGUCUGGCAAGUUUCUGUAAGAAGGUGAUAUUUACAUGGCAACCUGAUGAAGUGUGAGAGCAGGCCAUGUUACUAUGUUAUUAUGAGAGGUAAGAGGGCUCAAGGCAAAGACAACAGCGUGUGCAGAGGCCCUGAGGUACGAGUGUGCUUGGAGUGUUCACAGAACAGCAGGAAGGUCACUGUGACUGAGAAGAGGGAGCGAAGGGAAGACUUUCAGCUGAACUCUCAUCUCUCAACACUGGCAAAUAUUCAUAAGAUCUACCACACCCUUAAUAAACUAAAUCUAACGGAAGACGUUGGCCAAGACGAUCACCAAACAGGAAGUCUGCGGUCUUGCAGUUCUUCGGACUGCUUUAGUAAAGUGAUGCCGCCAAGGAAAAAGAGAAGACCUGCCUCUGGAGAUGAUUUAUCUGCCAAGAAGAGUAGACACGAUAGCAUGUAUAGAAAAUAUGAUUCAACUAGAAUAAAGACUGAAGAAGAAGCCUUUUCAAGUAAGAGGUGCUUAGAGUGGUUCUAUGAAUAUGCAGGUACUGAUGAUGUUGUAGGUCCUGAAGGCAUGGAGAAAUUUUGUGAAGACAUUGGUGUCGAACCAGAAAAUGUAGUUAUGCUUGUCCUAGCUUGGAAAUUGGAUGCACAAAACAUGGGUUAUUUUACUCUACAGGAAUGGUUAAAAGGAAUGACUUCUCUACAAUGUGAUACAACAGAAAAACUCAGAAAUACUUUGGAUUACUUAAGAUCAUUGUUAAAUGAUUCUACAAACUUUAAACUUAUUUACAGAUAUGCGUUUGACUUUGCACGGGAAAAGGACCAGCGCAGCCUAGACAUAAACACUGCCAAGUGCAUGUUGGGACUGUUAUUAGGAAAAAUCUGGCCCCUUUUUCCAGUUUUUCACCAAUUCUUAGAGCAAUCAAAAUAUAAAGUUAUUAACAAAGACCAGUGGUGCAAUGUGCUCGAGUUUAGCAGAACAAUUAAUCUUGACCUCAGCAACUACGAUGAAGACGGAGCGUGGCCAGUUUUGUUGGACGAGUUUGUGGAGUGGUAUAAAGACAAACAGAUGUCCUAGGACUUGAUACAUAGCAGCGCGAGAGUCACUGUUACCACAGUUAUGUCAACCAUUAGCCAUAAAUUGCUGUUUGUAUCAAAGCGCAUGCUGCUUUUCUUGCACUGUCUCCCUUUUGCAGGGACGUUUUGGUGUUUGCUAUUGAAUGGGCUGGCUCUGCCUGCUGUGUGGCAUUGUUCUCUUGGAAGGCUGCUUUGCAGUUUGUAUUUACACUACAGAUUGGUGAAUUUGCCAACGUCCUCACUGUGAUUAUGUGUAUAUUGCUGUUUAAAUUUUGUAUAUGUGUAUAAAAAAAAAGCUUCACCUAGAGAUUAUUUCUGCAAAAAUGUAUUGUAAAAAUAAUUUUUGUGGCAUAUUUCUAGUCCCUUUUUUCAAAUGAACCAAUUAUACUUUAUUUGGUCUCAAAUGUAGCAUUUCAGAAAAUAAGACAACUGUUACCAUAAGCAAGUUUUGCCAGAGUUUACCUUAUUGUUUAAGAGGCCAACUUUUGGAAGGGAAGUGGGAGUCAUAACUUUUCAGAGGCAUAUGCCAAAUAUAAUUUGGUCUACUUAAAUAUUAGCGUUUUUAAAUGAUGCAAGUUGUAAUUAUUUGAACAUAUAGACAUGUACCGUGCCACAAAUCAUUUCCACCAUGCAAGGUAUAGGUUUUUAUUUUCUAAUGUUAAAGCUGUGGUAGUUUGAAUAUAGGUACAAAUGAACAAAUUAAAGUUGCACCUUUUUUUAAAUGGGUUUUAAACUCUUAUAAACUUUCUUUAGUGUUUUUUUUCUUUCUUUCUUUUGCAUUCUUCUAGUCAGUGUUGGGUCUGCUGAUGCUUUCUAUGCCAUUCUAAGUGAAAUUUAUUUUGCCUCCUCCGUGAAAACCUAAUGGUUUGCUAGCAAUUUAUAACUGCAGAGCACUUUUAGUUGUGGCUUGAAUUUUGAGUUAAGCUUUCAUCAUGUCUAAUUUUCUAGUUUUUUGGAAAAAGAACUAUACUGUAAGUGAGAGGUGUUUUGUUUUGUUUUGUUCUUUCCUUUUUUGUUUCUUUCAUGCUAGGCUUUUCCUGGCAGCUUGUCCAUUGCAGGCAGUGGACAGGAAACCACCAGCAUUGAGCUAACUCUGUUACACGGUAGGACCUUUCUUGGAAGGGCCACUCGUCAUUACCUGAGUAAUUUGUACAGAAAGGUGAUAGCCAUUAUUUAUGUGGAUGAGGAAGCAAGAGUAAACAAGACGGUAUUUUUAGGUUUGUAUUUUAUGUCUUGUUUUUUUCUUUCCUUGCCUUACCCUUCUUGAGGAAUUGUAUAGAUAACGUGUUGUCCCCUCAACUUUCUGGUGCUAUUGAAUGACUGAUUUAGUCCCUAAAGUUUUGUGGAAAAACAAGGCUAAUGAUUUAAACCAAGUAAAAAAGUGGUGCAUUUGAACAAGUGAAUGCUACAGUUGUGAGCAAGAUCCGUGAUUGAACAUAUAAUGAUUGGACGAGGUUUGGAUUAUUUCAAAAUCUGGCCAAAAAGUCUUUUGGAUUAAAUGUGAACCUUGAAAUGGCGUGAAAUGAGUAAAGCACACAGACAAUGCUACUCUCGACCACUAUUUCACAGUUUCUUUGCAAACAGUGUUCUGAUUUUCAUAUUAUUUUUUUCCCUAACUGAACCACCAAAGACAGACAUUUUGUGUGUAUAUACAGUGUGUGUGCAUAUACAAAAUCAUGGUAUGGUAGAAUGAAAUUGCUUCCUUUUUCUACCAAAUAGAAAAGUUUGGUUUGCUGUGAAAUAAACCAGAAGUUUGAAAAACUCUGUAGUGGUUAAGCAUACUUAAUCAUUCCUUGUUUAGGAAUUACAGACUCACUUCUACCUUACACAUUCAUACCAGUUUGCACAAAUUAAUGUCUCGAAAGAAUAGAAGAUGUUGACGGCAAGCACAGCUCUUGAGACCGAGGUGUUGAAAGGGGUUCCCUUCUGACAGGUGCCUGUGGAGUUCAGUGGUGAUAGGCCAUAGGCAGGUUCGAAUCUGUGGAGGACUUGAUUCAUUUUCAAAAGGAUCCCAUAAAGUUAAAAAAAUCACACUUUAAAGGCAGCAGUUCUUAAAUUUGAUCAACUGUAGUUUUGUUUAAAGCAAAUAUAAAAUCAUAGAUGAAAUUAUCUUAAAAGCUAUUGUUAGAAACUGGAGAAGUUUUUAAACACUAAGCACAGUGAAUCCUAAAAUAAAAGUGUUGUUACAGGGGUGAUGUUACAUUUCAUCACAAUGAACAUUUUGAUGAUGGAGGAAAAUCCAAGUAAAAAGUAGUUUAUGAUGAAUAAUAUGAAAGUAAGUAUUCCACAGGAAUAAACUUGCAUAUUUAGAAAACUCCAAAUAAUCUUUAAACUGUCUUGAAAAAUAAACCUCUGUGAGUGCAGAAUGCUUGCCCUUGGUUUUCUUGAUUUUAUGCAGUUAUUUUUAAAGGGAGAAAAAGGGGUCAGACAGAGUAAUAAGAUACGUUUUCUUAAAAAUACCCCUAAGUUAUGUAAAACUGAGCAAUCAUCAAGCGCUUGUUUACUGGCUAGUGUUAAAGAAAUUAGGGUGCCUUCUUCUGGUUUUUCUUUGUUACCCAAGUCUACGCCCUCUCUCUCUUUCCAUUGUGUUUGGAACUCCACAUUGCAAUACUCUGUCACAUUGGAAUACAACUGUUAGAUGUUUACUGCUGAGGUAGGUCAGAAAUUUGGUUAUUUGAUUUGCCGUAAACACCCACUCUAAUGGUACGUGCAGCUUUUUUGAAGCAUGAACUCGGAAUUAAGUUUUUAUAAAUCUAACUAGACAAACACCUAGAUUCUGGUUUAACAACAGAUUUCUGUUGCCUGUCAGUGUCCAUUUUAUCAGUGCUUUUGAAGUUUAUACAGAGAGCUUUAAAAGUUAGUUUGUGUCCUUGGUUUUUAUUCUUACAACUGCUAAAAUACCUCUGUAAGCCUUAUCUUUUAUUCUUUCAUAUGUUGUAUAAUAACUGUAUAGAAUUCAUUGACCAACUAAAAUGUUGGGUGUCUGUAAAUGAGACCAAAACGUGGGUUGCUUUUUUUCAUAAAAUAACUUCUCUUGGAGGUUACUGUUAAAUGAACAGCAGCUAACCUGUAACUGUGAAUGCUUCUUGUCGUCAGUAUUUGCAUUACACUCAUAAACGUGUGCAAGUCCUGUGACUCCCGGCUUAACUGAAAUACUGUUAUGCCACCGAACUUGAGUAUAGCAAACUGGUUUUAGGUUUAAUGGAAUUGAUGUAAAAUGAUAUCCCCAAAAUAAAAAGUAUUUGUGUUUGGUUUCAGAA